AUGCAAUCGACCAGCCCAGAAAAAGCGACCUUCGAACCACCUCCCACCACCCUUCUCUCUCCCGAGGGCAGACAACACAAGAAGAUAAAAAUGUCAACGCAAUCCGACAGCGCGAUCUCAACCACGGGUCAUUCCUACCCGCAGAUCUUCCAAUCUGAUUUGGAGAUACCCGCCUUUUACAUGUCUUACCGCUGGUGGGAAGAUGAGGCAACGACGGUGUUCUGGGCAUUCGAAAUCCAGGAAAUCAGCCGCGUGAUUCAAUUUGGCCUCUUCCGCAACGAGAACUUGCCGAGGACUUCCCUCCGCUCUCGAAAUGCGGAUACUAUCGACACGUUUUUGGCUGCGCUUUCCGAGCCCCAUGAGCACCAGCUGCUAGCUAACCUCUCUCAUAUGCAGAGAGUGGAGGAGAUCCUACGUCGGUCAAGUAUCCUUCCUUUCCGCAGGAUUCCUUGGAGCUGGCUUCCGCCGCAAUCGAGCCCCGCCCUGGAUCCACAGGCAAUCGCUACUGCAAUCGAGGCCGAGAGCCAUUUCCACUUUAGGCAGAUCGCCUUUGAAGAGAUUGUACGCGCGGCUCUUGGGUACGAUGCUGUCUCUGUGGAGUGGUUCUUGCAGCAACAUACCGCUCUCUAUAUCAUUCUCUCAGAUCAUCUGAACGCCUAUCCGGAGGACAUCCCUUUGUAUACGGAAGUGGAAAAGCACCUUCGCUCGCGGAGUCCAUUCGCACACCGAGCGCUAGUUCAGUGCCUUCGGGCUGUGCGCCCUGCUGCUAGAUGUGACCUUCCUCAAUCCAAUACUGCUGGGUUUGAAUUCAUCGCAGGCCCUAUCCAGGCUCUCUUCAAAGAGCAGCCGGGAAGGCUUGGAGUCAUGCUGAAAAUGCUAAGCGUUUUGGCAAUCCGAUUCCGCCGACAGUAUAUUCAUGCCCCUGCCAUGGACUGGCAGACACCAUUUGAUACCUCAAUGCCCUUCAUGGAAGAUUGUCUCACCUCGUCAUCGGAAACGAGUUUGGCCCGCAAUCUGAGCACCCAGGACGAGCAGAGGUUUGCCGAGAUGACCCGGCGAAACUUUGUGGCCGGCGAUGCUAUUGUGGGAGAAUUAGUGGCUCACUGGCAUGCACUGAGUACCUCCGUCUGGGAAUGCUGUGCUGCCCUCCCAGAUAUGAUUCCAGAUCUACAAGCUUGUGCGCAGUCGCUCUUCACAGCGCGCAACUAUCAUUCUCUCACGGCUAUUACCAGCGGCCUCCACACCUACACUAUCUCGACUAUGCGCGCUGGCAAUACGGACGCCAGCCAGGGAAACACGACCACCCCCAAGGCUCUAAUUCCACAGGAGAUCGCCUUCCUCAUGAAUCCGGCUCAGAAUUACGCCGCCUAUCGCCAGCAUUACCAGAAAUUUCCCGGCAUCCCCUUCUUGAUCCCUCAUAUUCGGGAUCGCAAACAAAACGGCGACUCCGUGCUUCAGCCCGUUUUCCAGUAUCUCCAGAGCAUCCAAUGA